AGAAGUCCCUCAGCUCCUGAUACAGUUACCAUGGAAAUGGCGCUUAGAGAUGGUGAGAUAGGUCCUCAGGAGAGGCGCGAGUUUAUUCAGCACCUUGGACAGCAGCGGUGUGUCGGUCCUCCUUUCUGUCAGACGCGAUAUUAUAUGCUUGUCGUAAUCGGGGAAAUUUCAACGGAUUAUCAUCUUGAAUUAGUAAAAGAACACAUUAAACGAGGAAUCUUGUCGUGGGAGAUUGAUUUGACCAUCUGUGACUUGAACAAGGAACUGACACUCUUCGAAACCAAACACUCUGCACAGUUUUCUUCAGAAGUGAAAGGACAAAGGCUUUUGCAUUACAAGAGUGAAGUUCUCGAGACUGUCGUAUUAGUGAACCCUUCUGAGGAGAAUAUUAACAUAGAGAUCAGAACACUACUCUGUGACUCAGCAGGGCACAAGUUGUUAGUGUUUAGUGGACAGAGUACUGAACAGGGUGGUGACAUUAUCUUGCAAAGUGGAGUUUUUGGCUGGAAACAAUUCUCUGACAUCAUCUUAAGUCGUAGGAUUAAAGAUCUCCUAAACCAGUCAUCAACAACUCAGAAAGCCUGUUUGACUGUGCUUUGUAAAGGAGAGGGGGGCUGGAGCUCCCUAGGGUGCAUAGAGGAGCAGAACCUGCUGGUGUACAAGGUGAACCCUGAGCCUGUGCUGGCUGAGAUGGAAGGCGUGACCGAGUUCACAGAUUAUGUCUCUGAGACGGUGGACGUUCUCUCUCCUUUUGAGCUUCUGGAAGCACCAACCUCAGGAGGGUUCCUCAAGUUAUCCAAACCGUGCUGCUACAUCUUUCCUGGAGGGCGGGGAGACUCUGCUUUGUUCGCCGUCAAUGGAUUUAAUAUUUUGAUUGAUGGUGGAUCUGACAGGAAGUCUUGCUUCUGGAAGCUGGUCAGACAUUUGGACAGGAUCGAUUCUGUUCUCCUCACCCAUAUAGGAGCAGAUAAUCUCACUGGCAUCAAUGGACUGUUACAGAGAAAAAUAGCAGAGCAGGAAGAAGAGAAGACGCAUGAAUCAAAUGCCUAUGGAGACUGGAUGAAAAACUUGAUCUCACCAGAACUUGGUGUUGUGUUCUUUAAUGUUCCUGAGAAGCUAAAGACGCUGGAUACCACACUGAAAGCAAAGAGAAGCAUUGAGGAGGCCUCUCUCACAUUGCAAUACCUUCAGAAACUGGGCAUCAAACCUGAACCUCUGUAUAGAGUUGUGAGCAACACAAUUGAGCCUUUAACACUCUUUCACAAGCUGGGUGUUGGCAAAUUAGAUAUGUAUGUUCUAAAUCCACUCAAGGACAGUAAAGAAAUGCAAUUCUUCAUGCAAAAGUGGGCUGGUAACAGCAAAGCAAAGACUGGUAUUGUUCUGGCCAAUGGCAAAGAGGGUGAGAUUUCUGUUCCUUACCUCACAUCAGUUACAGCUCUGGUCGUUUGGGUACCUGCAAGUCCAACUGAAAAGAUCGUCAGGGUACUGUUUCCCGGAAAUGCCCCACAAAACAAGAUACUUGAGGGACUGGAAAAGCUGAGGCAUCUCGAUUUCUUGCGAUAUCCAGUAGCCACUCAGAAGGACAUGUCAUCGGGAGCUCCACCUCCACUGAUCAAACAAACUAAGAUGAAGCUGAGAACAGGUAGCAAAGAAAGUCUUAAAUCCUCCCCUAAAAUGUCUUCCACUACAAAAGCAAGCAAGAAAGAGGCAAAUGAAGACAUCGAGUCAAAGAGUGACUCAGUAAAGGAAAAUAAAUUGGAAAAGAAAGAGAAGAAAAUCAAAGAGAGUGUUAAAGCACCAAAAACACUGAAACCCAAGACGCUGUCACCUGAAAAACAAGAGAAAAAGAAACUGCUGAGGGACAAAUCUCCUAAAAAGCUUUUCAAAGAGAAAGCUUCCAAAUUGGAGGAAAAGAAAGAUCAGGAAAAGAAAGAAAUGAAGAAAGAAAAGACAGAUGUCAAGAAAGAGAACUUGGUUAAAAAAGAACUGAAAAUUAAAGACGAGAAGAAAAAAGAUAAACCUAAGCCAGAACUGAGGAAAAUCACUAAACCUGACUUAAAGCCUUUCACUCCUGAGGUCAGGAAAACUUUGAACAAAGCAAAGGUUCAAGUAAAACCAAAAGCAGAAAAAACUAAAGCCGCGAAAGAACAAGAAAACAGACCGGCUGCCAAACAAGCUUCAAUAGAGAAACAGGAGAGUGAUAGGUCCGUAGUGUCCUCCCCAGAAGAUCUAACCAAGGAUUUUGAAGCCCUGCGCCUAGAAGAGCAGCUUUCCAAAACCACAGAAAGCUUAAUUUUGUCUCUUCAGUCUUCUGAUGCUGCUGUCCCUCACAUUGAAUCUCCAGAUGAGGGAAUAACUACAACGGAUGUUGAGGCAGAAUCCCCUCAUGAGGAGAGGGUACCAAAUGAAGAAAAGUCCUCUAAAACUGAUAGAUUUGAAGAUGAAGGUGCCGGUACAGAAGAUGACAUAGAUGAUGAAUAUACCACAAAACUGAAAAGUACUAAAACGUCUGACUCCGUAGAGAGGCUGGAUGAUGCAAAAUGGCAAGAAAAGGCCAAAGAGGAAGAAAAGGAAUUUGAAGUGAAACCCAAAAAAAGUGAGAGUGAAGAGGAGGAGGAUGUGAUCGAGAAAGCAGAGCUAGAGGAAGCAGAAGAUAUAGUUCAUGAGGAGGAGCUCAAGUUCAAAGCAGAUGAAGCUAAGAAGGAGAAACAGGAAAAGGAUUGGAAGAUGAAGCAGAGUGAGGUGAAAUCUGCCAAACCUGUGGGCGCUGCAGAGCAUGUUUCUUUCAUCCAAGAUGAGACCAUUCCAGGUUACUCUGAGACGGAGCAGACUCUAUCAGAUGAGGAGACAAUUGGGGAGACAGAAGAGCGUAUCCCACAUCUUCAAUAUGACGUCAGCUCCUAUGACAUCUCUGUUCCUGAUGAACCAGGGACUUUUGACAGCAUCCAUGGUAUGAAACCACCAACCAUAUCUGUUGCUUCUGGGUUAUCCUCAAAAGGGUUUGCAAUAGACCAAGAGCCAGUGUUGUCGGCUUAUGCAACCAAUAUGGUUGCGGCUCCAUUGGCUGAAGAAGAGCAUAUAUCUUCAGCCACCUCGAUCACUGAAUAUGACAAAUUAUCAUCAUUUCCAACAUCCGUUACUGAAGACCAGUCUAUAGCAUCCGUGACAGCGCCACCUACUGAAGAUGCAGGAAAAAGUUCUUUAAUCUUGGAUACCGUGAAUAGCAUACCAUCUGUCCAGACAGAUGCCACCCAAGGUAAAGAAUACCUUCACUCAGCAGGAACUAUUUCACCAACUUCUUCCCUAGAGGAGGACAAAUGUUUUAAAUCGCCUCCUUCAGAGGAAUGCCAACCCAUUGUGUCAGAACUGGAAACUAGUGGGAAGGCGGCCCCUCACUCAAAUUAUGAAGAUGAAGAGGAUGAGGAAGAGGAUGAGACACCAAAUGUUGACGUGCCGCUUGGAAAGCUCCAUGAGGGUUAUGCGUCUGCUGCCUUGCUCCAAGACAAGGAGAAAGUUCCAGAGAAAGCUCCAUCACUGACGUCACCUCUUUCUCCUCGCACACAUGAAAAAGAUGAAAGCGUUUUACUCCCCAAGGAUGAGCCUAAAUUAGCCACAUUUGACCAUAGUUUGUCCUUCUCACCACAUUUGCUUUCCACCUCAGAGACAAGUGUUUCUUCAAAGAGUGAAGAAAGAUGUAUCAGCCCAGAUGACAGCACAAUGAGGUUUGCCUCACCCACACUGUCAGGUCCGACCGGCAGUAGCUACUCUCCAACUGAGGAGAAGACACAAAAGCCACUAACUGGGGACAAAGACGACAAACUUGAGAAAGAGAGUACUGAAUUAAAAAAUUAUUUGACUCAGGAUGUUCCUGCUGACAAAAAGUCUUCAAGGAUAAUUGAUGAUGAGGUGGACCCUUUCAUAAUGGGAUUCUCCUGCACAAAGGCAAAAAUAUGUGACUCAGAUGAAGAAAAGGAAAGCGAAGAUGAUUCUUUUGAAAAGGAGAGCAAUAAAGUAUGCGGUAAAACUAAAUACAAAGAGGAGAGAGAGUGUACUUUCCUGGAUGAAGAAGAUACCUGUAAAGCAGCCGAUAAGAAAGAUAAUACACAAAUUUUGGCUCAAGAGCAAAAAUCCCAGAUGGAGAGCUCAGGGGAGGAAGAUGAAAGUGAAACUGAGGAUGAUACUUACUCAAGUGUAAAAGCACCCCAGGGCAAGUUAGAUUCCACGUCAGCUGACCACGGCAAACAGGAUGUGUCGUUCUCAGAGAUAAAUGACCCAAAACUGAUCUCUAAAGAAAGCGAUAAGAGCGUUCACUUCAACUUGUAUUCCUCCCCUGAGUGUGACAAAGGGCUCAAAGGAGAUUCUGAGAGAGUGGUAAGGCAAGAUACACCAUAUGUUGGAAAGAGUUUUACAUACGCUGAUGUAUAUGACAGUAAAUCGAGUUCAGUAGAUUCGUAUUCUCCCAAUCUGCCACCAGACAACACAUUCGAUGAUACAGACAUUGCUGUAAAGACAACAGAGAAAAGGGAUUUUGUGAAUACUUCUGCAGGAAAGACUCCUGACAUUAAAACACCACAGGAAAAGGAACUAUCACCAGCUUUAUUUAGUGAAAAUCACGGUGUCUUUGAGGCACCGUAUAUGUCUGGAGGAACGUUCUCUGAGAAAAAAAAUACAGUUGAACAGGAGACAGUUGAGAAAACCUCUUCUUCUAUUUCAGCAGAGAAAAAUCUAUUUUCAGUUCAACUUGAAAAGCCUGAUUUAAGUGCGAUGGCAGCAGGUAUUGCAACACAAUCGGUCCGUUAUGCAGACAACAGCUUCAUCUCUGAAUACAGCAUUAAAAGCACUGCGGUAGGCCAAUCAACUCUUUGCACAAAGAAAGCAAUGGCUGAAGACAUGAACAUGCUUGCUGAUGGAGAGGAUGAAGAUGACGAUGAGGAGGAUGAGGAUGAAGAUGAAGAAGAAGAUGAUGAUGAGGAUGAUGUGUAUGAGGAUGGAGACCAUGGAAGUGAUAAUGAGAUGGAGAAAGGAGCCAAAGACAGACCAGAGAAAGAUCUCCAGAGCCCAUUGAGUACCAUCACAUUUUCCGUACCAACUCAAUUCCAGGAUGAAGAGAAAGACACUGUUAAAAAUGACUUUACGUUUGGAUCUGACACUAAUGGCAAACUAAGUUCAUCAACAUUUGACUCAAGCCACGAGGACCCUAAGGAAUCAUUGCAAACUGCUAAAGGUGUCACCCCCCCUACUGAAAGUCAUGUUGCAAGCUCUUUUAAAUUUGAGAAUUCCUCCAGUGAGGAGAAAGAUGAGUUUGAAGAAAAAUAUGACAAAGAUGUUCAGUCAUAUUUGCCUUUAUCAAGCAAGCCUGUUGCGGAUAAAUAUCACUAUGAAAGCAAAGAUGUUGAGUUGGACAAACAGAAGACACCGGAAGCUGUAGAGAAAAAAACAGAUGACCCUGUUGCAGUGGGUUUUAGUUAUACUACUAUGUCAGCAACAGCAUACUCGUCUUCUUCUUCCUACAGUCAUUCUUCAUCAGCAUCAGCAUCUUUGUCUACUAGCCGGCAGUUUGGAGAUGAGUUAGAAACUCCAGCUAGUUCUGGAUUUGAGUAUUCGUCUUUCAAAGAUGAACAUUCACCAGUAAUAGACUCGUCAUUCUCUGCUUCAGGUGCGCAAGUUAAAGAUGAAUAUUUAGAAGUUUCAGAGAAGCAGACGCCUGCCACCAAAACAGCUGAAUCUACCUCUAGCCUUGCAAGAUUCUCACCAUUAUCUCCCUUCGAGGAAAACAAACCAUUCUCUCCUCAAACUGCUUCUUGUAUAAUUGAUAAGAAAGACCUGAUUACUUCAACAAGUUCUGUUUCAGACCAAGGCCCACAGAGUCAAUGCUUUUAUAAGCCGGAGUGGGAUGAUGAAUCAAGAUUGCUAGCUGAAUUUGGGGCAACUGUCCCUCAGGCCACACAGAAAAACUCUACUCCUGAAGGUCUAUUUGGGGCUUCAUCAACACUUCAAUACGAGUGCCCUGAAAAACAUUACUAUGAAGACACCGAGAGUAGUGAAGAGGAGGAGGAUGAUUAUAUGAAUGAAACUGAACAGGACAAACUGCAAUACCAAAGAUCUCCACUCACUUCCCCGAGAGAAAAGAAAGAUGCCACCUAUUCCUUGAGUGAGAAACUAACAAUGGACAUGUCUUCUGCUAUGGGAGGCAUCGUUCCCAAUGCUUUUACCUCAUACAUCUCCUCUUUUCCCAAGCCCUCAGAACCAGACACAAAAAAUGGACCUGCUGAAGUUAGUGUGAGUGCACCGGAGUGUUUUGGUGGAACCGGCAAAGUGGAAACAGGUCUGUCAAAAAUAGAAAUGAAGAGCCAAGAGUUUGACAUCAAAACAACUCGAAGCCCAAAUGAGUGGGAGAUACAGCAGCAACAAAAAAUCUCACCGCCUCAUUGCCGUCAUGAGGAUGUGUAUGAAGAAGAAGAAGAAACCGAAUCGGAGCUCCAGGCACGUCCUCUUUCUCUCUCAUCCACAGACCAACCUUUCCAAUCCUCCUAUUAUGCAGACGACCCAAGCAGACACAGCGACGACUCCGACUAUCCUUCAGAUGUUGCUGUUCGUCCGCACAUAUCCAAAGCUUCACCGGGUAAUUCAUCUAGUGAGUAUAAACAGAGAAGAGGAGACACAUCUCCAUCCUUUAUCAACCCAAGCUUUUGUCAACUUUCAAGCGAUGAGGAAAUUGAAGAACAGAGAAGUCAAGGAUCUGAUCAACAGGAGCCGGCUGGUAAGACAAGAUCUAAAAAACAACCUCUUCACUACUCUCACGGUUAUCAUGGCGAAGAAAGUGAAUCUCAGCAUCUCUCUGGAGCCAUGGCGGCUGGAGUUAGUGCCAGCGGAAAGGACACGCCUCCAACCUCUAUCAGUGAACCGUUACAUUCUCAAUCAGAUGAGUGUCCUUCUGUCAGGGCAGAAAUGAACGUUGAUUCUGAGGAGGAUGCAGACUUCCUCCCAGUAGAUAAAUCAUCUGGAGCCUUUGGGGGCAAACAUUUCUCAUCUAGGUCACCAAGCCAUGAUCCCUUCCCCUCACCGAUGAUGGACCCCGCCCCUUCUCCACCUCAUCCUGAUGUGUGUAUGGUAGAUCCUGAGGCUCUGUCAAGCCUGACAGACAAGAAAGACACCAAAACAAAGGGUUUACGUAAAUUAGGUAAAACAAAGUCUUCAUCUCCGGCUAGGAAAGCUGAUCCAAGGCGGAAGAGGUCCCCGUCCAAGGACCCAUCUGCCUCUAGGAAGAAGAAGGACAUGGAGGACGACCUUUCAAGGUCAAGCCACAACACUGGCAAAGGGCUUGUCAAUGGUCUUAAGAACAGUGCAGCUAAAUCCAGUGCAGCUGUGUCACCCAGCCCUCCUAUCUAUGUGGAUCUGGCCUACAUUCCCAACCACUGCAGUGCUAAAAAUGUAGACCAGGAAUUCUUCAAACGUGUUCGUUCUGCCUAUUAUGUAGUAAGCGGAAAUGACUCCAGCAAUGGAGAGCCAAGCCGAAGUGUACUAGAUGCCUUGCUUGAAGGAAAAGCACAAUGGGGAUCCAAUCUACAGGUGACAUUAAUACCUACUCAUGACACUGAAGUGACCCGUGAGUGGUAUCAACAGACCCAUGAGAAACAACAGGAGCUGAACAUCAUGGUCCUGGCCAGCAGCAGUACAGUAGUGAUGCAGGACGAGUCAUUCCCAGCCUGCAAAAUAGAGUUCUAAAUUCAUCGUGGCUCCCAGGUUCACGUCUUUACUCUUAAAUGGUCCAUUCAGCCUUAAGUGUGAUUUUUAACCCUUUGAUAUUUAACUGCCCUCGUUUUAAUGCAGCACGUGUUCUUUACUGUCCCAAAACCCCAAUUCAAUAGUGUAAGCAUUGAUGAUUGUUUCGUAGUGAGAGCAGGAGAACAGAAGGAACAUGUGCCUUUCUCUGUGUAUUUUUCAGUGUGGCUUUUCCCUUUAAGUUGUACAACACACUCAUACAUGCAUAAACAUCCAAAUGAGAAUCUGGAAUUCUUGACCCUUAGAUUUCAGGUCUCAUUAUUAUUUAACUUUCUCCUGGUCUUGUUGCAAGCUGAAGUUUAAUUUGGAGCAGAGUAAGUGAGCAACAAUACAAACAGAUCAAUGUUAUAUAUCCUUGUUUACAAUGAUAUUUAACUAAAGCACAAGUAUACCUCUUGACUAGAAUUUAAACAAAAGCACCAGAAAGUCCCUGAAUACUGCAGCUCACAUGGAUGAGAGUCUCCUGCUUUUAGCUGAUCAGUUUAUGUAUCGUUCUCAUCUUACAGUAACUAUCACACAUCUAGCACUCACACACUGUGUUAUAUAAAUAUCUGUUCAUCAAAUUAGGAUCAAUAAUAUCAAUAAAUAUGGGUGCCAGAAAUAAGGGUUUAGUCAACAAAGCAGAAGAACAUGUUAUUUAAACGAUUUGAUAAAAUUAAUUUACAUUCCAGCACUCAGAGAUUAAUGAUAUGAAUUAUAAUUGCUAUACGUUUAAUUUGUAUAGUAGAUAAGAACAUCAACAACAAUAACAUUGAUUAUACUUCACAUAAAGAUCCAAAUGCUGAGAUACAAAAGACAAAAAGAUGGGCUUGUUCUGUUGUACCAACGUCCGUUUAGAAGGCAAGUUAAUUUAUUAUCAGCAUGCUAAAAUGUGUCUAAUUUUAUUUUCGUCAUUAAAUGAUGCAUAAAGUGUAUGUUGACAAAGGUUUGUUUUUCUUUUAGUUUAAAAAGAUGUGUUAUUACUGAUUUCAUCAUAUUUGCACUGUAAUGAUUUUCCCUAGUUUCAAUUCCAAAACAAUGUAUAUAUAAGAAAGCGAAAGAGGAUUACGGUUGAAUACUGCAAAAGUAUGGAAACACGAUGACUGAGAUUAUUUAAACCAAAAUUGCUGGCAAUAGAAAUGCGGUGUUCAGUGAAUUACUGACUUAAUGGAAAGUAUGAAAUGUGUGUCUGAAAGUCUGACCGUGUUUACAUUUUGAAUAGGGUUACAUAUUUGAAAGAGGUCAGAUGUGAAAUACUGUGUGAAUAAUGCACUUAAACCUACUCGUCGCAAGUAAAGAAUGGAAAGCUCAUAUUACCCCAAAUCAUUUUUGAAACCUAUUCUUAUCCAAAAUUCUAACAAUUAGGCACAACUCAUUCUUUUUAAUUUUUGUAUUUUCUUUUUGUCGAGUUGCAAUGAUGUACAUGAAAACAAGUUGUCCUGAUUCACUCAGAAUAACAGAUUUGCUCAUUUUCAAUAGUGUGUAUGUAAGGCUUAAAUUUGAUGAAAAAAAAACAGUGCUACUUGUAAUGCUGAAUUUUAGGGCGCACAAUAUGACUGAUUCAUAGAAAACUCUCUGUAAAGAGUACUGUAUGCACUGCAUGGAUGUUAUCAUAAGCUGAAGGCUGAACCUGCAUUUGAGUACCGCUAUGCUUCGAAGUGCUUGGCUCAAAAUGAACUCCUUGAUUUUCAAAGGAAGGCUGCAGAUGAAAAUGAAAAUGUUUUCAUUUUAAAUAGUCAAAAUUAUUUUAAUUCUUCACAUUUCACAUGCUUAAAUAUAGUUUUUUGAUUGAUCUUUACUGUCUUGUUUUUGUAUUGAAAAACAGUAUUUAUGUCUAAACAAGGUUACAGAAUACUGAAAAUGGUUCAGCAUUGUCCUUUACACUCCGAGGAAAGAAAUACGGUCAUUUAAUGUUUGCCUCUGAUGUUUUUAAGGUGCUGUAAUUUGUGAGUUUCUGGUUAUUUGGCUGUGCUGCAGAGAUGUUCUGUCUGACAUGGGAAAUCCAGAUGUGACGUCACAGUACCACAGAAUGAAACAAAGAUAUUAAUACUCAAAUACCAGACUGCAGACUGCCAGAUCACGUGACUAGAUCACUGGUCACAUUUUAUAGAUUUGUAAUUGUCUUUUCUUUUUUUGAAGAUUAAAUGUUUAAAAAUAUACGAAAAAUAAACUAGUCAUGAUGUGCUGUGCAAAACAUCCCGAUAGUUAUGAGUUUGAUAGCGACAAAUUUUGAAACAUAGCAUUCCAUUGAGCCUAGCUAUUUACUGCAUGUAACCUUAAAUUGGAACUUGUAUGUAAGAGUUCAUAGUUCUAUUAAAUAAAGUAAUAUUUUAAACAUAUAUAUUUAGAUGCUAAUCGUCUUAAUUGUGCUGGAAGGCUGCACUAUCAUUUCCAGCGUGUAGUGUUGUAAAAUGAUGUACUUUCAUUAAAUUUGAUUUCAUUUUUGCUUUCUUUCUUCUGUGCAAUACUCUGUAUCUUUCUUUAAGCUAAAUGAGUGUCUUCGGAUAUGUUGUAGGUAAACCUGAUAAACACUAAUAAAUAAUGUUAAUGUUA